GCGUACGCGAGCCCGGUGGCGUUUCCGCCCGCCAUUACAGACAUGGCGGCGUCCCUGGGAGGGAUGUUCGCCGGCCAGCCUCCAGGACCUCCUCCGCCACCGCCCGGGCUCCCAGGCCAGGCGUCGCUUCUACAAGCAGCCCCUGGGGCUCCGAGACCAUCUAACAGCACUUUGGUGGACGAGUUGGAAUCAUCAUUCGAGGCUUGCUUUGCUUCCCUUGUGAGUCAGGAUUAUGUCAAUGGGACUGAUCAGGAAGAAAUUCGAACUGGUGUUGAUCAGUGUAUCCAGAAGUUUUUGGACAUUGCAAGACAGACAGAAUGCUUUUUCUUACAAAAAAGGUUGCAAUUGUCUGUCCAGAAACCAGAUCAAGUUAUCAAAGAGGAUGUCUCAGAACUAAGGAGUGAAUUGCAGCGGAAAGAUGCUCUGGUCCAGAAGCACUUGACAAAACUGAGACAUUGGCAGCAGGUGCUGGAAGACAUCAAUGUGCAGCACAAGAAGCCAGCCGACAUGCCUCAGGGCUCCUUGGCCUACCUUGAGCAGGCAUCUGCCAACAUACCUGCACCUCUGAAGCAGACCUAAGGACUCUGGCCUGUGGUGCAGCCUUGCAGGCUUGCCAGACACCUUUCCUUACAAACCUGGCAUAUUGGAAGGACUCUACUGGACAAUGAGUUGUUAUUUGUUUAUGUCCCUAUUUUAUAAGGUAGGGUUUCAGUAUGAAGCCCAGACAGCCCUUGAACCUAUGAUCCCCUGCCUCAAGCUCCUCGGGUACUCUAAAUUCCUGAAUACUUUAUAAAAUGCCUGAAUCUUUGAUAAAGUAGUGUGUGUUUUUGUUGUUGUUGUUUUUGUUUUUUUUUUAAUCUUUAGCACUAUUUAAUCUUUAGACUGUUAGAGCCAUCACACACAUUCUUAAUUGGCCUUUGCCAUUUAUUUUGACAACAUUUUGUGGCUUUAUCUCUCUUUUUUCUUAAGCUAUAAAUUUGGUGAAAAACCUGAAGGAAACAGUGUUUAAUAGUUUGAGAAGCCAGAGGAUACAGUUUGGUUAUCAGCCUUAGUAACAACCAGAGGUAGUGUAGACAGAUAUGUCAGUGUGCUGUGCUGUGCCAAAGCUCAACUGCCUCACAAGGAUGCUUCAGGGCGGCACAGGGAGAGCAUGUUUCACAUGGCUCAGAAGUUAAGAUGCUGCUAAUGUAGGAUUACAGGAGGAUCUUACCUUCAUGCUGGAGUCUGUCUGGGCUGCUACAUUUUCUGAGUCCUUGUUCACUCUGCCUUGAGGGCACACAUAACAGGAAUAUGGCAGCUGAGUGCUCUUGGGCGGUGCUGCCAUGGUCAGUGUAAGGAAUGGAGUCACAGGGAAGGCUCCGGUGAGGUGUGAGGCCAAAGGCCUGCUUGGAUUGUCUCUGUCUCUGAGUUUUGCUUUUUUGUUUGUUUUAUUACCCCCAAAGCCAAGCACCUCACUUUACCCAAAACAAAUACUCCAUACCUCUUGAAUAGUCAGUGCAUCUCCUGCUUGGUUUUGCCCAAUUUGGUUUCUGGAGCCUUGAAGCCCAGGUCCCAAGCGUUAACACCCUCUCACUGCGUUCCAGGUCUGGGCACAGCCAUUUGGUCUCUGAAACUUCAGACUGCGCCUUCGCUGCAUCCCAGGGCACAGUGUUCUGUUUCGUUUUUAAUUUUGUUGGCUUUCUUAGGUUCUAUUAUGCUUUAUGAAUUGUGACUAUGUUAGUUAGUUGCUCCAUUGUACACCUUUAGAAUUAGGAAUUUCCAUGAUUAUGCAGGAUCUUAGUCUUUUCAUACGUGUCCUUGAUUGUAUGAUAUUUAGUGGCUGGACCAAUUAGAACCAGCGUGAGACCAUCAAGUCCCCAUAAUUAGAAUACAUAAACAGUGUUGAAAAAUUUAGACUGGCAUGGUAGCAUGCUUGUAAUCAGCUACAUAGCAGGUUUGAAGCUGUUGUAGGCCGCAUACGAGCUGCUCUCCUCCGCCAAACAAAACAAAAAACCUAAAACCCACACAUUUUCUGAAGCACUGACAGCUCAGCCAGUUUUGGAUUUCUUGGCUAAAACCUAAAUAAACUGGUUACAUUUUGGCUGGUUUU